CAUGCUUUUUUCUAUAAUACAGAUAGUUUGACAAUAGGAUUAAUUCUAAUAUCUAUUAUUGUGUUCUUCAUGCUACGUAUUUUUAGGUGAAAAUCAACCUCCGCUUCUAAUGAUAAGAUUGAAGAGACAAUGGAGACUGCGGAGUCAGCUGAUUCAUUGAUUCCAUUGAAAGUUUCAGUGGAAGGGCAUAACAAAAAAAUUAUUUGGAAAAAGUGCAUCAAAGAAGUGAUAGGGACUACAGAAACUGCAGACUCAUCUGUCAUUUCACGGAGUACUUUGAAAAGGAAAAGGACAAAUGUUGAACGGAGAUACACAAAUGCUGAUCUCGAGAAAGCUUUAGACGCGGUUAAAACGGGAAUGCCUCUAAAAAGAGCAUCAAAUCUUUACAAGAUUCCGAGGACGACAUUGCUUUACAAGAAGCGUGGUACAUUACCACCUGUACUGACAUCUCCUGGACCUAAAUGCAUACUUGGCGAAGAAAAUGAACGCAAGCUCGUUGAGUGGAUUUUGCACAUGAAUCAAAGCGGCUUCCCUCUAACUCGGGUCCAAUUAUUGGAUAGUGUUCAACUGCUUAUAAAGCAUCUAAAGAUCAAGACUCAUUUUAAGGAUAAUCGCCCUGGGAGACAUUGGUACAAAGCAUUUAAGAAUCGUAACCGGGAAAUAGCUGAAAAAGUUACCCAAAAUUUGACGCGCAAUCAAGCUGAUUUAAGUGAUAAAAAGCUGCGAGGGUGGUUCUGCGAGGUACAGAAGUAUUUUCAGUCGAAUUCACUUCUUAAUAUUGAUGCUUCUCGCGUAUUUAAUUGCGACGAGUCGGCUUUUUUUUUAAGUCCAAACGAUGGCUCGGUAUUGACCAAAAAAGGUGAUAAAACGGUGUACAAUUUCAUUAAAAAUCAUGAAAAAGAGUGCUUGACCACACUCAUCUGUGGAAGUGCGAGCGGGGAACUCGCGCCACCGAUGGUACAUUUUCCUUACAAACGGAUUCCCGGAUAUGUCGCUGCACGAAUGCCAAGAGACUGGGCCAUCAGUCACUCGGACAAUUAA